AGAAGAGCUUGAGAGCCUCUCCCUACUUCUAGAAACUCUGCUAUAAAUAGAGGAGGUUGUUUGGUACUUUGGGUAGGGUUUUCUUUUCUCAAGCUUUGAAUGAACCUCUUCUCUGAGAAGAAGAAGAAGAAGAAAUAAUGGUGAGAGUAUCUGGUGGUGGAGGAGAGAUAGUGAUGAAACCGGCAUGGCUUGAAGGGUUAAUAGCUGAAACAUUCUUUGCUGCGUGUGGGGCCCACGAGAGUCGCAGGAAGAACGAGAAGAACAUAUUUUGCUUGGAGUGUUGUCGAAGUAUUUGCCCUCACUGUGUUCUAUCUCAUCGUUCUCACCCACUUCUGCAGGUGAGAAGAUAUGUUUACCACAAUGUUGUCAGAUUGGAUGAUCUUGAGAAGCUCAUUGAUUGCUCUUAUAUUCAGCCUUACACCAUAAACAGUGCCAAAGUAAUAUUCUUGAAUCAAAGGCCUCAGUCAAGGCCUUGUAAGGGCUCUGCCAACAUCUGCCUCACCUGUGACAGAAUACUCCAAGAGCCAUUCCACUUCUGCUCUCUUUCAUGCAAGGUCGAUCAUGUGGUGUUUCAGGGGGGAGAUCUUUCGAGCAUCAUAUACCGAUUCAAUGAAUCUGAUUUUGCAGCUUCCCAAUUCGAGGGUUUACCGAUGGACGGUUCUGAUCUUCUUGAUGAUGGUCAAAUCACCCCUAACUUUAUUCUAGAGGACCCAAUACAGUUCAAGGGCUCAUCUUGCUCAAGUGACACUAUAGGCAGCUCUGGCAUCUCACAGAAUUCUGAGGUAGUGAAGAAGAAGAAGAAAGGGAGUGGUUUCCUCCCUGGAAUUGUUCUCUCAUUGAGUAGGAGAAAGGGUGCUCCUCAUAGAUCACCUCUUUCUUAGUUAAAACAAUUUGGAAAUUCAAAAAUAAACUUGAGAAGCUCCUAUAUUACAUAUGCUGUACUAGAUGCAUGCUACUAUUGCUAUUAGGUUUUUCUUAUGAUGAUGAUGAUGAUGAUGAUUAUGAUCAAUAUAUAUUUACUAUUGUAUCAAGGCAUAUCGGUUUCUUCUCGGAGCAAUUCUGUUACAAACACCCCCCGGUGGCUGUCGAAAGCCAUCAAUUUUGUAUGAAUGUAAUGGAAUUUGCAAGUAAAUAUAUAUGAUAUCUAUAACAUAAAACCA